GAGAAGGACAGCUGGCGGAAGCGCUUGCGGAAUGCGAAAUGGCUGCAAGUGACUUUGAAAGGGAAAGUGGCAAGGGUGGGCUGUGCAGCUUGUGCUGCUUUUGACGCUGGAGGCCCCUGGGCGAACUUUGACUUAAAGCCGACAGCUUUGAGACUGCACUGCUUGAAGCGGCAUGAAGACUCCAAGGGUCACAAGUUGGCAGAGCAAAGCUUCCAGCAUGGGACGAACUCGCGGGUAAAUCUGUUGGCGCCGCCUCUGUCGGAGUUCCGGGACGCUUGGACAAAGAUGCAACAAGGUGGAAGUUGCAGAGAUGGAGGUGUGUCUUCCGACAAGAAGACCAACAUACGCUGGUCCAUUUCCGAGGCAAUACUGGACAUGAAUCGCUUUUCCGAAAGCUUGGCCAACUGCACUGUCGAAGCCAUCCAUGAUUUGUGCCAGCCGAUGCUCCACCCUCCCCGUUCCUGCCUUGACCCGGAGCUUCCAGCAUACGAUGACUCGGUCGAGAAGAGGAUCCGCGAGCGGACUACCAUUUUGGUAACCGAUGCAGCUUCUGCGGAGCAGCUGGCGUCCAAUGUCUUGCGAGGCAAACGCCCAUCUGCACUGACAGGUGAAUGUGAAAAGGAGCUGCCGCAUGUUAAGAUAGUUGGCCGUGACAUUGCGCAUGCGAGCACCCGCUUGCUGAAGAGACCUUUCCAAAAGCACGCUGAGCUAGAGGCUAUAAUGGAUGAGUUCAUCUCAGGAAAGGACAGCUUCUGUCAAAAGGUGCAGCAUAGUCCACUGUACACCAAGUGGUGGAAUGAAAUUCUUGAAAAAGAUGGGAAGGGUACAGAAGAAGGAGGAACUGGAGCCAGCAUGGCUGCUGCGAAGCAUCGCUUCGGAAGCUAUGCUCAUCCCCUGUCACGGGUGACAGAAAACAUGAGGUGUGUGCUGACCCUCUUGCAUAAGAUUGCAUUGCUUCGGGAUUCGUCAGGCCGUUGGGCGUCCCAGAUUCUGACACAUUUUUCUGGCUACAAGGCUAUCCUGCUUUCACUCUGUGCAGAUGCCGCGGCAACGUCCAUGGACUUCACUCGCUUCUGCGACGACGAGCAGAGCGACAUCUCCCUUCUCAACACCAAAGCGCAGCAGUUUCUCUUGAGCACUCACGCAUUGUUUCUUCAGGAAGAGGCAUUCACUUUGCCUACCUUUGCAAAAGAUUUGCUGGAUUCUUGCACACGGGCCCCUUUCAGCAUUCUCAUUGCUGGACAGGCAAGAGAAGUGCGAGUUCGAGACUGUGACAAGCGUCGGGCUAUGAACGUUAUGAAAGAAUUUUGGAAAGAAUUUGAAUGGGUGUGUGGGGCAGAAGCAACUCUGAAGGCCGAGUUUCCGUCGUGGCACCUCAUUGGCGCUUUUGAUGUCUUUCAUCUCGGCGGGAGCAUGAGUGACAGCGACAAGCGCACUGUAGAGAAGAGUCUGGCGCGUCUGGCGUGCGCCUUCGGGGUGAACCUGGCAGACCUGACGCAACAGUAUGUUGCAAUCCUGCCUAUGGCCCAGGCAAUGAAGAAGAAGACAGGACAAGACAAUCGCACGGCGUGGGCGAACGUUUUGUUGCGCAUACGAGAUUCUCGUCUCAAGGGGAAAUAUCCUCAAGAUGCUUUAUAUCGCGCAGAUACGGACCGAAGGGUCUGUGCUGCCAUGGGGUGCACUCUGGACCAAGCGCAGGAAAAGGAAAUGCUGCAGGAAGCUCGAGCCAUCUACACACGGCUGAGCCAAAGCGGCAAGUCCCGGUCUUCUGAGGGCAGGAGGAAGCGGUUAGAUUUCGGUCGCAAAGGUCCAAUGAGACCGUCAUCCCACAAGAACUGGAUGCGAAAACAAAAGGAAGCUGUGGAGGAGGCUGCGGCUCAGUUGAUUACGCCUCCCCGGAAGAUUUCUUCACAUGAUUUGCCUGAAAGUUCUCGAAAAGAAGUGGAGCAACAGAGUCGAUUGGAGAAGAAGCGAAAAGCUGAGGCUUAUUCUGAUGGCUUGCUUUUGAACUCCGAGGUGACAGAAGCAGUAGUUGCUGAGGCUCAGAAACAAAGGAAAGCAGACGCUUCCAAUGACCGGGCUCGCAAGUCCAAUUUUCACAGCAGGCACGCUGCAGUGGAAGCCAGCAUCACCAAGAAGACUGUGGCAUGGGCGCUGAAGGGAUUGCCCAGCCCGGCUUUAAACACUGACGCGGCGAAGGAUCUGAGGCAAGCGUCUCUUUUGAUCAUACCGGACAUCAACACGAUCCCUCGGAAGCAUCAACUCAUGGCAGCCUUGUUCGGUAAGGUCAUUUUGUCUGCGGCAAUUCUUGACGGUGGAAACGGAGUGAAACUGUCAUACAGUGCUGGAAGUCAGCUUGGUGUGUUCGUUUACGUGACUGAUGGAUUUCGAAAUCAAGAGCCUGGCUUGACCAUGAUUUUGCGCGAAGCGUGCGCUCAUGGGUGGAAGGCUGUGACAAUGAAUGACUUGCAGGCUCGGAGCAAAGGGCCCAAGAAUUCCUGCUUGCUCUUACGGGCAAAAGGGGAGGCACUGAAUCUGGGCAAGUCCAGGAUUCAGUGUCUUGAUGGCAAUGAGCUAGUUGCCUGGGCUGCUCAAAAAUUUGUGGAUGUCAAGUCAAGUGCCUGGAUCAGCACUGGCACAGCUUGCGGGGGACUUUGA